GAACUCAAUUUGCUUAGUUUUAUUCAUUUCGAUGUAGGCAGUGUUGCAAAAGUUUUUGAGUACAUCUUAGAAAAUGAAAAAUAUUCUCCUACUAUUUACUCUAAUUCAUUUGCAAGACACCUACGGGAAAGUUUAUAAAUGGAAGAACUUUCUCCCGAAUACAGAGAGUUUGCCAAAAGGAGAGAUCAAAUCUAAAAUUGUUUUACACCUUGUUGACAAACAAUGGGUGCCAGACGGAACAGAGGCAAUUCAGAGUGAUGAUGUUAUCCCAAGAUAUCCUGGCAAAGCAACAGACGCAUUAAAAAUAUUACUUAAUCAAGAGACAAUCGUCAAGUAUCACACUAGCCCGUUAGCAAAAGCAAAGGAUCUGUUGAAAGAAGAAAAUGGCUACAAAAAAGAACAAGAGUCUAUCUUUAUCAUCCACACUGUUGGGGGCUCUGCCAAUGACAACUUUGUCAAAAACUCAAUUAUAGCUAUGGCAUUGAGAAAUUUCUUGAAGAAAUAUAACAUUUUUGCAUUCAACAUGGCAGAACUGCAGGAUUAUAUGGAGCAAACUGUCAUGAAAGGAUUGUAUGGCAAGAGGGCUAACUAUGAUGAUUUAAGUGAAAUCAUUGGUAACUUUUUCAACUCUGCGAUUGCCGACAAACUAUUAGAACUCGACAAAAUACAUCUCGUCGGUUUCUGCUUCUCUGGCCAGCUCACAGGCUACAUAAGUCGCUACAUUUCGUCAAAAAACGACGGAAAGAAGAUCAAAUCCAUAACAGCCCUAGACCCAAACUCGGCGUUUUUCUUCGGUAUUCAGAACAAAGUGCUUUCUGAGGAGGAUGCCGAACUGGUCUUCGUCUAUCACACCAACUCACUUGUCGGCGGAACUCUUUUUCGCAAGGCAACAGCUGAUUUCAACAUCAACAAUGGAUGGUUCCAGCCUGGCUGCUACUAUAGUGGGAAGAGACUGUGUAGCCAUCGGAGGGUUGUAACGCUUUUCUGUGCAAAAGGGACUUAUUACUUGAACACAAUGGCUCAGAAACCUUAUGGAUUCGGACCUUCAAGUGCCAACUGUUUCUCUUUCAGCAAGAGGAAGAAAUCCGAAGCCAUGAUAAAAAACAUUUCAAACUAACCCACAUAUACUUUUAGUCAAUCGUAGGCACCAACCUAUGCGAAAAAAAGAAUAAAAUAUUUUUUUGUAUCCAUUGUUUCACAAGGCAUGAAUGACCGUGUAUUAUUGAACUGUUGAUAUUUAAUAGUAUAUUUCAUCACUAGGGCCUAAAGUGACUCUUUUCAAGUUUUACGAUUGAGGCGAA